CUGAGUUCGGUGUCCGCGCAGAAUAAUCUGUCAGCACAGCGUUUCCCCGCCCCAAUUCUUCGACUGCAACGUUGUAUUCUCAUUUCCGUUAUAAAUUAUCCCACUCACUGCUUUCUUCAACUCCUUCCUCGCGAGGGUUAGGGUUUUUCUCUCUCCUUCUUUCGUGUCUGCAAAGGGCAAAAGCGGCGCUGCGGUUCCCUGCGGCGGAGGUUUUUCUCGAAGCGACAAUGAGCGAAGACAAGAAGAAAGGAGAUAUCAAUACGUCGGAUCUGUCCUCUGCUCUACCCUCCUACUCCCCAGGUCUCAAUGCAGAGGACAGAGCGGGCUUGGUCAGUGCUUUAAAGAGCAAACUUCAGAGCCUGGCGGAGCAACACACGGACGUAAUGGAGACGUUGUCUCCUAAGGUCAAGAAGCGUGUUGAGGUUCUUAGGGGCAUCCAGGUUCAACAUGAUGAGUUUGAGUCCAAGUUUCAUGAGGAAAGAGCUGCACUUGAAGCUAAAUACCAGAAGCUUUAUGAACCUCUUUACACGAAGAGGUACGAGAUUGUGAAUGGUUUGGUUGAGGUUGAGGGUGUUGAUGAAUCUGCAGAAGAUACUGCUGCUGAGGAUAAAACAAAUGAAGGUAAAGGUGUGCCAGAUUUUUGGCUUACGGCGAUGAAAACCAAUGAAGUGCUGUCUGAAGAGAUCCAUGAGCGAGAUGAGGAUGCUCUGAAGCAUCUUAAAGAUAUUAAGUGGUCCAAACUUGAUGAUCCAAAAGGGUUCAAGCUUGAAUUCUUCUUCAAUCCUAAUCCUUACUUUAAGAACUCUGUUCUAACUAAAACUUAUCAUAUGAUUGAUGACGAUGACCCUAUACUAGAGAAAGCAAUUGGGACUGAAAUUGAAUGGUUACCAGGGAAAUGCUUGACUCAGAAAGUUCUUAAAAAGAAACCAAAGAAGGGAUCAAAAAAUACUAAGCCAAUUACAAAAACUGAAACAUGCGAGAGUUUUUUCAAUUUUUUCAGUCCUCCUCAAGUUCCUGAAGAUGAUGACGAACUUGAUGAAGAGACUGCUGAACAGCUACAGGAUCAGAUGGAGCAAGAUUAUGAUAUUGGGUCCACUAUUCGAGAUAAGAUUAUUUCUCAUGCCGUCUCAUGGUUCACCGGUGAGGCUGUUCAUGAGGAGUUCGGAGAUAUCGGAGAAGAUGAAGACGACGGGGAAGAAGAUGAAGAUGACGAAGAAGAAGAGGAGGAAGAUGAUGAGGAUGAAGAGGAGGAAGAAGAAGUCAAGACAAGGAAGAAGCCUGCAGCCAGUCGGAAGAAGAUUGGAGAAGUUCAGCAAGUUGAUCGGCCUCCUGAAUGCAAGCAGCAGUAGCAACUUGCAGGAUUAUGUUGGUUUCAUCGACAAAGGUGAAAUUUUUUGUUGAGCUAAAUCAGGCCUUAUUCAGCUCUACUAUGAUAUUAAAUGUGUGCAAGAGCAUUAGUGCGUAUUGUAUGUUUUCAAUGACAAAAUAGCAUACUUAAUUCUUUUUUCUUAUUAUUAAAGGUGGCAGUUUUGGAUUUUGGAAUGUGAUUGUUACUGUUUUUAUUUAUCUUAUAAAUAGGCAUGGAAGCAAACCGAGCUGAGUUGAGUA